ACCUGCCACCCUGUUUCCUGUUUCUAAACGUCUCAGACUAGGCAUCCCGCACUCCCUCCCGUCGUUCAUCGCCAGGGCCGCCACUCACAGGACCAACCUACCUGCGUUUCUACCACCGCAAGACUAAACAUGGGAGGCUCAUUGUCGCGCCUGCUUUCCUUUUUCUGGACGAAAAAGGAGAUUCGGAUUCUGAUCCUUGGUCUUGAUAAUGCCGGGAAAACGACACUCCUUUAUCGGUUGAAGAUUGGCGAAGUUGUCACCACUAUUCCGACUAUUGGCUUCAACGUCGAGUCUGUCAGUUAUCGGAACCUGAAUUUCAAUGUUUGGGAUCUCGGUGGCCAGACUUCCAUCCGACCCUACUGGCGGUGCUACUACGCCAACACCGCUGCUGUCAUAUUCGUUAUCGAUUCUACAGACAUUGAGCGACUGGGUACAGCUGCCGACGAGCUCGCGGCUAUGCUGAACGAGGAGGAACUCCACGACGCGGCUUUGCUGGUAUUCGCCAAUAAACAAGACCAACCUGGUGCCAAGGGUGCUGGCGAGAUCUCGGAGGCCUUGAAACUGGGCGAGCUGCGAGACAGAAACUGGAGUAUUGUCGCAUGCUCUGCCAUCGAUGGCAAGGGUCUAAACGAAGGCAUGGAUUGGUUGGUGCAAACUCUUCAAUCAGAAAACGCAUAAACGCUGGCGUCUUUGUGUCAUGCUAUAGAACCCCUUUUUUGAUAUACUGCGCAACUCACUUCCACCGAGGUCCUGGGCAUGCAUUCUUCCACCGCCUGAGAUACCUCUUUUCUCUUCCUUUACAAUUCGGACGCUGUCGCGCCAGACAGAGUCAUGUCAUUUAUACUGUAUACCUUU